AUGCUUGAAUACUUGUUCAGCCACAUUGCUCCCAAUUCGAUCCCACCGCCGCAAAGACAUGGCGACGGCAUUUCGUUGUACACUUUGCUCGUGAUGGAAUUGAACUUGACUUCUGUGCAUGAAGAAUCCGACUCAAAGGCCGCGCCGGACCCCGCCAAGGUGAAGGCGAACAACUUAACAGAUGAAGAGUCAUAUCAAGAAUUGGUCAAUAUGUUGAGCAUCCCGUGGUAUUUGGAAAAGUUUAUGAUUUUUGGCCUAAUCGUGUGCUUCAAUUCUUUCCUCACGCUAUUCACAUUGGCUCCAAUCAAGAUUAUAAUCGUCAUCUCGAAAGUAAUCAGGGGUGCGUUCAACAGGGAGUCCAAAACUGAGCGACUAUGCAAGCUUGCAACUGUGAGAAAAGAUGUCAUCACGUUGACACUCAUCUUUGCAUCUUUAGCCGUGCUAUAUUUGGGCAAAUUUGACAUUUCCAAAAUGUACCACGAUGUGAGAGGCCAAGCCGAUAUAAAGUUGUACGUCAUGUUUGGUGUGCUUGAAGUUGCCGAGAAAUUGUGCUCCUCGAUUGGCCAGGACUUGCUCAACAUCUUGCAUCACACUUCCUCCGAUACCCAUCGCUUUCGGUUCACCCUCUUUUAUUUGAUGUCGGUGAUUUACUUGUCAUUUCACGCAUACAUCUUGAUCUACCAAGCUGUGUCACUAAAUGUUGCUGCAAACUCCUACUCAAACGCCUUGUUUACCUUGCUAUUGUCAAACCAAUUUGCCGAGCUUAAAAGCUCCGUUUUUAAAAAAAUCGAUCGAGAAGGAUUGUUUCAAAUCACCAUGGCGGAUUUAUCCGAGAGAUUCCAGUUGACUGUCAUGUUGGGGAUAAUUGCAAUUAGAAACUUGUUGCAAUUUCAAGCAUCAAACGGGUUUACACUGAGCAGCAGCUGGACUACGUGGAACAUUUGCAUUGGCGUGAUACUAAAACCGUUUAUCAUUGUUAUUGGCAGUGAAUUGUUUGUCGAUUGGCUAAAGCAUUGCUUUAUUUCAAAAUUCAACAAGAUUAAACCAAAAGUCUACCGCAAUUUUUUGUACGUUUCGUGUUUGGACUUUCUUCAAGUGUUUCAAUUCAACGCUGAGGGUGAAAAAAAGAAGAACCACGAAUUCACCGACUAUAUUGUGCUCACCAGGAGAAUCGGGUUGCCCUUGUUGGCAUCUGCAGUUUGCUUUUUGCGAAUGACGUUGGGCGAUUUCAAACACGUUGUCGUGCUCAACACGUCCAGCCCCAUUUAUAACCUCUUGGGGACGCUUAGCAUGAUGGCCGCCAUCAUCUUGACCUUAUUAUUACUAAGGAUUCUCCUCGUUUUGGCCAUUUUUAAAAUUGCAACUAGUGCAGUCACCAGGCAUAGAAGAAUACAAGACGAACUAAAACUGAAGAUAUCUUUACACGGCCAAAACCAGGAGUCUCCCACGGUACCACCUGUACCACAACCAGAAACGCCAAAUCUAGCCCAAGAGGAACCAAAAGAAGUCAACGUGACUCUGGAACUGCUUUCUUCCCCCAUCGAUUUAUCCUUUUUACCGGGCUCCCCCAACCCGGAGACUUCUUCCAUCAACCCCAGCACCAGAGCUCAUUUGUACGAUGCUGAUGAAGUUGUCCCUCCUACACCGGAAGAGAAAAGAAACAACCAACUACUCAAUGGGCCACUAAAUGAACAUGAUUGGAGGGACGAUGAUGGAGACGAAGGUUUGUCCAAGGUGAUGAGGUAUAAAAUGUCGAGCAAGCGAAUAUGGUGA